AUGCACUGCGCAGGCUUCCAUGGCCAGCUCGGGUGCAACCACGAUGGGAACGAGGACACACCCCGGCUCGUGCAGUUGGGUCACACCACUCUUCCGGAUAACCCCACCAGGGAAGAGGAGAUCAUGGCGGCUGUGGUGAGUUGCGGGGGAAGCCACAGCGUCUCCAUCUCCAGGCGCGGCGACCUUUACUCCUGGGGGCUCCACAGCAGUGGAGAGCUGGGGCUGGGGCGCCACGCACCAACAGAGGUGUUCCUUCCACGCCAGGUCAUCCUGACACACAGGCGCAUUGUUUCUGUAACGGCCGGAGAGAGCCACACCCUCGCCAUUUCGGAAAAUGGCGAGCUGUGGGCAUGCGGGAGAGGCCGCAGGGGUCAGCUAGGAAGAGCGGCUUUCCACGAUUUCUGGCAGCUGCAAAGAAUCGACAGCCUGAGGAACUUCCGCAUCGUAUCUGCCGCCGCUGGGCAGUCCCACUCCAUGGCCCUCGCUUCCGACGGCUCCCUCUUCACCUGGGGGGACGGCCAGUACGGCCAGCUGGGGCACGCCGCCCUCGAGCAGAUUCAAAUGAUCCAGCCGCUGGGGGCGCUAGCGGUGCCAAUCCCGCAGAAAAUUGGGGAGUUGGAGCCCAGCGGGCUGUCGCCCCCCAAAAGGAUCACCGCCAUCGCCGCGGGAGGCAACCACAGUAUGGCGCUGACGGUGUGCGGCGAGCUCCUGGCCUUCGGGCGGAACCACAGGGGGCAGCUGGGCUUGGGCGAGGUUGGCAACCGGUGGCGGCCCUCGCGCGUGGACCUGUCCAUAGGCGCUGCCGUUCGGGACAGCGUGCGGGCCGUGCAGGUGUCUUGUGGCGCGUGCCACACGCUGGCGCUCAUCCUGCAGGGCACGCGGCUGAAGGUUCUGUCGACGGGCGACAACUACUGGGGCCAGCUGGGCCACGGAGACGUCGACAACCGCCUGCGCUUCGUGCCUAUCACCGCCAUCCUGCACGCCAAGCCCGUGGCGGUGCAGUGCGGCGCGCAGCACUCCUGCGCCGUGACCGAGCGCGGUGUGCUCUACACAUGGGGCCGCGGCGACUGCGGCCAGUUGGGCGGCGGCGAUGAGUGGAGCCGGAGGGCCCCCGCGCCGCUGGAGGGAUUCCGGGUGGUGCACCCGGACCGGACACUGCGGCGCACCAAGCGCUGCGCGCCGAAGUACAGGGCGGUGAGGCGGCAGGAGGCCAAGGCGCCGUGGUGCCUGCCGCGGUGUUUCGAGGCGUGGUGGGGCGUGCGGGGGGGCGAGGUGGGUCAACCCGUGGGGAUGUGA